UAUUCUAAUUUUGAAUAGCCACGUUUAGAAGAAGAAGAAUGUAAAAAAGUUUUUUCAAUUGCGAUAUUAUACGAAAUAGAUCAUUUAUUAAAGAUUAUUCUUUGACAAAUGCUUAAAAGUAGUGUGGAGAUGAGGAGCCCUGUACUGGUGCGGCUUCUGUUAUUCUUGGCUGCGGUUUCUCUGGCGGAAUGUUUUUACGUGCCGGGCGUUGCGCCCGUAGAGUUUUCGAUGGGUCAAAAAAUCGAUGUAAAAGCAGUAAAAAUGACGAGCAGUCGCACCCAAUUGCCUUACCAAUAUUAUUCACUUCAGUUUUGUUUGCCAAAGAACGGAACCUUAAUUUAUAAAUCUGAAAAUUUGGGUGAAGUUCUACGUGGGGACCGAAUAGUAAAUACGCCUUAUGAAGUGCGUAUGGCUGAAAAUAUUAACUGCAAACUGCUAUGCAAUAAAAAGGAUCAGCCCAUGAAUUGGGACAAAUAUCAAUCUGCAAUAGUUGCUGAGCGGAUAGAACACGAAUAUUUCGUCCAUUUACUCGUAGAUAAUUUACCGGUUGCUACUAGAAUCGUAAGUCCUAAUAAUCCCAAUGAAAUAACAUAUGAACACGGGUACCGGUUAGGACAAGUUGAUGGAGACAUUUAUAUAAACAAUCACCUGAAGUUUAUUCUCUCAUACCAUAUGCACGCGAAAAACAAAUACCGUGUAGUUGGUUUCGAAGUAGAAACAGCUUCAGUCAACUAUAAAGAAAUGAAAUUUGAGGGAGAUUCUUGCAAUUUUCCAGAUAAUGCGAGACCACAAUUGGUAAAUCCGAACUCAAACACGCAACUAUAUUUUACCUAUUCCGUCGAAUGGAAGGAGUCGAAAGUAAGCUGGGCAUCCCGAUGGGAUAUCUAUCUUGGUAUGAGGGACGUGCAAAUUCAUUGGUUUAGUAUUAUCAACUCUCUUGUAGUCGUAUUUUUCCUUUCGGGUAUAUUAACCAUGAUCAUGAUUAGAACGCUACGUCGAGAUAUCGCCCGAUACAACACCGAUGACAACAUAGAGGACACGUUGGAGGAAACAGGAUGGAAGUUGGUACACGGUGAUGUUUUUCGUCCUCCAAAAAACACGCGAUUAUUUUCAGCCGUUAUUGGUAGCGGAAUACAGAUAUUUUUUAUGGCAUUAAUAACAAUAUUCUUUGCUAUGCUUGGCAUGUUGUCACCGUCUUCACGAGGGGCUUUAAUGACUUCAGGCAUUUUUAUGUACGUUUUCAUGGGAACGAUUGCCGGUUAUUUUGCUGCCCGCCUUUAUAAAACUAUGAAAGGACGAGAAUGGAAACGUUCGGCAUUUUUAACAGCUACGUUAUAUCCCGGAAUUGUGUUUGGAACCGGCUUUAUAUUAAAUUUCUUUAUAUGGGACAAACACUCAAGUGGCGCUGUUCCAUUCACAACAAUGAUUUCUUUGCUGCUUUUGUGGUUUGGUAUAUCGGUUCCACUGGUUUAUUUAGGAUAUUACUUCGGCUAUCGCAAACAACCAUAUCAACAUCCGGUUCGCACCAAUAUGAUACCAAGACAAGUGCCGACACAGCACUGGUACAUGAAUGUUGCGCUUAGUACUUUAAUGGCUGGAAUUUUGCCUUUCGGAGCCGUGUUUAUAGAGCUAUUUUUUGUCUUCACGGCUAUAUGGCAGAAUCAGUUCUAUUACCUAUUCGGCUUUCUAUUUCUUGUAUUUUGUAUUUUAGUCGUCAGCUGUGGUCAAAUAUCAAUCGUAAUGACAUAUUUUCAACUGUGCGGCGAGGACUAUCGAUGGUGGUGGCGCAGCUUUAUUGUUUCAGGAGGUUCAGCCGUAUAUGUUCUUUUUUAUAGCAUAUUCUACUUUUUUACAAAAUUGGAAAUCACCGAAUUUAUUCCAACUCUUUUAUACUUAAGUUACACAGGCAUUAUGGUAUUAACAUUUUGGCUAUUAACGGGAACAAUUGGUUUUUUCUCCGCCUAUAGUUUUAUUCGAAAAAUAUACGGAGCCGUCAAAAUAGAUUGAUUUUUGUCUGAUUUCCUGAUAUAAAUUUCCAUGAAACCUCGAAACAACACAUUUGAUCACAUAAUUUUGCGUUUUUCUGCGAUUUAUAGGACUAGGAAUCUAUUUAAAUGCUGUAAAUUUGAGGUUCUAACAUUAAUUUAUGACUAUUUGUAUGUAUCUCAUUCUAGUUGACUAUUAUUACACUAGGAGACUCUGUACAUCUUUCUUAGAAUUAUUUAACUAGACAGCAAUUGAAAAGAAUUUGCUGGAGUUUAUUUAAUUACAAAUGUUUAUUUUCGUAAAGUUUAUGUAUUAUAUAACUAUUAAGUCAAUGCUUAUUUUAUUAAUAUAUAAUAUAUGAACACAUAUGCUCAAUUAAAA